GUUAACUUGACAGCGCUCCAUUCUGGCUUCUUGUCGAGGAAGUUCAUUGAUAAUGUCGUGAAAAAAGCGAUAGUGAAACCGGACAAUUGUUGAAGAGCAUUUGUUUGGAGGACUUUCAAUCCCGAUCCCAUUACAAGGAUGUUGCUUGCUCAAUCACUGUUGGGUUUUCUGUGCGCGGUAACAGCUGUAGCCGCAGGCACGGAUGGAGCAGGUUCGACCGGUCCUCCUCCUCUGCUGCUCGUGUCUUUUGAUGGUUUUCGAGCGGAUUACCUCAAAAGGUUCCCCAUGCCCAAUCUGAAGAACCUGUACAGCCAAGGGGUCCUGGUGGAGCAGAUGACCAAUGUGUUUGUCACCAAAACUUUCCCAAACCACUACAGUCUGGUCACAGGGCUUUAUGCAGAGUCCCACGGCAUCAUUGCCAGUAAUAUGUACGACCCCGACACCAAAAAGGUCUUCACCGUUGCCAACAACACUGACCCCUCCUGGUGGAGCGAGGCGGAGCCCCUCUGGAUCACAGCUCUGGACAAGUACAAGACGGCGGCCAUGAUGUGGCCCGGGUCCGAGGUUGUGAUCCACAACCACACCGCAACGCACUUCCUCCCGUACAACGCCAACAUGAGCUUCAGCGAGAGGAUGGGCAACGUCACCAAGUGGUUAACUGGAGAUGGAAAUGAAGAAGGAGUGAAAUUCGCAGCUUUGUACUGGGAGCAGCCGGACGCCGCUGGACACAAAUAUGGGCCUGACAACACCACGAUAUUGGGAGAAAUUCUCAAACAGGUGGAUGAUGACAUUGGCCUGGUGGUGUCCGAGCUGAAACAGGCCGGUCUUUGGGGUCAGAUAAAUGUGAUCAUCACCAGUGACCACGGCAUGACCCAGUGCUCCCCCGAUCGCCUCAUCAGACUCGACCAGUGUCUGGGGCCAGACAACUACACAGUGGUGGACGUCACGCCUGUGGCAGCGAUCAUACCAAAACAAAACAAAACCACAGUCUUCAAUUUGCUGAAAAACUGUCACCAACACAUGACCGCGUAUCUGAAGGAGGACAUCCCCGAGCGCCUCCAUUAUCGGAACAAUCACCGCGUUCAGCCCAUUCUCCUCAUCGCUGACGAAGGCUGGACCAUCGUGAAGAGCGGGAAUGUGCUGCCCAGACUUGGUGACCAUGGUUACGACAACUCCUUACCCAGCAUGCACCCCUUCCUGGUGGCGGUGGGCCCCAGUUUUCGUAAGGGAUAUCGGAUCAGCUCCAUCGAGACCGUAGACGUGUAUCCGCUCAUGUGUCGCCUCCUCUCCAUGACCGGGAGGCCCAACAACGGCUCUCUGGCCCACACACAGUGCAUGCUGUCCGGGGAGACGUGCUGGGACGUGCCCCUGGUGGUCGGGCUGGUGGUGGGCGUGCUGAUCGUGCUGAGUACUGUUACUGUGCUGUUCAGAUUCCUCGGCUGGAGACGACCUCGUACCAUUCGAGACUUUCAGCGACUAAACGAAGACGACGACGACGACGAUCCACUGCUGGAAUAACUUUGAGUGAACCGUCUGCGGUAUGAAGCAAGCUGCACUUUACUGUCAACAACUUCAAGGUUCUGACACUGGAUACAACUAUUUGAAAUGCCUUUUUGACUACUGAGUUUUGAGGAUCUGCUGCUCCACAUGUUUCUGAUAUUUAUUUUCAAUUUGAGGGAAGAUCAUAGAGGAUCUUAAUAUCUAUUAGGAAUAUAAGGAAAAGCUAGUUUGGAAUUUUAAGUCCAGCUAAGGGAGUUAAUGAUUUAAUUUUUUGUUUCUGUUUGUUGUUUCUUAUGUUGCCAGAAGAGGGCGCUGUACAUCCAAGUUUGGAGGUAUUCCAAAAUUUAUAGUGAAGAAUUAUAAGGAAAAAAAGGUUUGAGAAAUUUCAUAAAAGCUAGUUUGUAAUUCUGGUAACACUUUAUUUUAUGGUACACUUAUUAACAUCUAACUACCUGCUAAUUAAAGUAGCUGUAAAUGAUUAAUUUGUCAUUAAUUACUAUUUAUUGAGCUUUUUAAUGUGUAAUUCCCCACAAUUUCAAUGGUUUUCGAGAUAUCACAAUUUAAUUUUUUCACUUUUUGCAUGGUCGCCGAAUUUCAAAUUGCAUUUACGCAGCAAUAACAAGGUAUUUCUGGAAAGGUUACAUCAUAGGGAAUCCUAUUCUGGCGUUUAUUUUUGCAUUUGAGUACUUUUGAGAUGAAUUACCUUUUGACCUAUAGUUUGACCUUGAAAUUGAUGGUAAGGGACUCACCCGACCUCAGUGACACCAGUAGAAAAAAAUGUAGCCCUAUAUGUUUACUACAACAUAUAAAAAAUCUGGAGGGGCUUUCUUUUUUAUUCUCACACAAAUUUACCUAGAAGUUGACUUACCCCCAUCUUAAGACAUGCUAAAUAUAAAUGAAAUGAGAAAAAAAAAUAAAUAUAAAAAUGAAAUUGCGAUAUCUCAGCAACCAUUGGUCCGAUCAUGCAAAAAUUUUAGAUUUUGGCUUUCUUGGCUUUCUAUGACUUACCCAUACACCAAUUUUCUUUGCAAUUGGACAAUGUGAGUGUUCAAAUUGCAAUUUUUUGGGGGUGAAUUGAGGUGGAAUGACCCUAAUAGGGAGUGUUUUAUUACAUAAGAGUAAGAUAAAUGUAUUAAGUGUAAAUAAGUAAAAGCUACAUUUCUUGUGUAACUAGUCCUUAACAACACACUUAUUACCAAACGCUUAUUAGAAGCAUAAUUCAUGGACAAAAAUGGCUUAAUAUCAUAUAUAAGGAGUGUAUUAAUUGGAAAGUGUUUGUAAAUGUGUAACUAAUAGCAGAAUAAUCUUAUGGGGUAAUUACACAUUAAUAAGAGCUGAAUAAAUACUAAUUAGUGACAAUUUAAUCAUCUACAACAAUGCUAAUUAGGAGGUAGUUAGAUGUUAUUAAGUGUACCCUAAAAUAAAGUGUUACCGUAAUUUUAAAGAGCCCAUGUUACGCUAUUUUCUGAUUUAUGUUAUAAUGUUGUUUCCUCAUCACAAACAGACCUGGAGUUGUGUUUUGUUUCAUUCACACAUGUUUAAUUAACACACAAACUCUGCAAAUUUAGGGUGAGUUCUUCUCUCAAACUGAAAAAAGUGUUACUCAAACUGUGUGAAUGAAACAAAACACAACUCCACGUAUGUUUUUGAUGCAAUAACAACAUUAAAAAUGAUUUAAAGAGUCAGUUUUGUGUAAGGGAGCAAAAAUAAUUUCUCAUAAUUAACUUCUUUGUUACUUGUUGUUUCUUAUUAUGCCAGAGGAGGGCGCUGUAUAUCUAAGUAUUGCGCUAUCUGAAAACGUAGGGAUAAUUAUUACCGUAGUGAAACGUGAAAAAACGUCCAUUUCAAGAAUUUUAAGAAUGGAAAAUGUAUGCAAUAAUAAUUUUUCAUUUUAUCAAUUGUGUUGCUGUAUGUUUUGCCAAAUGUUUAGUUUGUUUUUAAUUAUUUUGCUCUUAAUUUCACACCAAAGACACAAGAGUAAAAAAAAUCUGAAGGGAGUUUGAUAGAAAUUAUGUGAUUUAAAUGUAUGUACAUAUAUUAUUUAUCCACAGUUACGUUUGCACUGGGAUUUCGUGUUGAUGCUCCAGGCGUUGCUUUUCAAGGUCACGCUGACACACAUAAGAAACAUAGGAAAAAGCCAUAUUUAAAAUCCUGUUGUUUUUAAAAUGUUUCUUAAAUAUGCAACUAAAUGGAAAAAGUCAAAUUGCUGAUGUUGACAAUCUCUUAAUAAUGUUACUCGUGAAUAAUGUAUGUUUUUGUGUAGCUUGGUUCUGGUUUGAGUCCAGUUUAGUCCUGAUUUUGGUUUUGUUCUGGUCCUGUCCCUGGUCUAGUCUCUGGUUUAGUCCUGGUCUAGUCCUGGUCUACUCUUGGCUUAGUUCUAGGUCUAGUCUUUGGUCUAGUCCUGGUCUAGUCCUGAGCUAGUCCUGUUCUAGUCCUGUUCUAGUCCUGGUCUAGUACUGGUCUAGUCUUGGUCUAUUCUUUGUCUAAUCCUGAUCUAGUCUUGGUCUAGUCUUGGCCUAGUUCUAGGUCUAGUCCUGGUCUAGUCCUGGUCUAGUCCUGGUCUAGUUCUGGUCUAGUCCUGUUCUAGUUCUGGUCUAGUCCUGUUCUAGUCCUGUUCUAGUUCUGGUUCACUCUUGGUCUAGUUCUUGGCCUAGUUCUAGGUCUAGUCUUUGGUCUAGUCCUGGUCUAAUCCCGAGCUAGUCCUGGUCCCAUUCUAGUCCUCUUCUAGUCCUGAUCUACUCUUGGUCUAGCCUUGGUCUAGCCCUGGUCUAGCCCUGUUCCAGCCCUGUUCCAGCCCUGUUCCAGCCCUGUUCCAGUCCUGUUCCAGUCCUGUUCCAGUCCUGGUCUAGUCCUGGUCUAGUCCUGGUCUAGUCCUGGUCUAGUCCUGGUCUAGUCCUGGUCUAGUCCUGGUCUAGCCCUGGUCUAGUCCUGGUCUAGCCCUGGUCUAGCCCUGGUCUAGCCCUGAUCUAGUCCUGGUCUAGUCCUGGUCUAGCCCUGGUCUAAUCCUGAUCUAGUCGUCUUAAAUCCUGGUCUAGUCCUGGUCUGUUCCCUAAACUCUGGUCUAUAUUGUAGUUCUGAUGUUACUUGCAUGUUUUGUGUUGCUGGGUUGAAAAGUAAUAAUUUCUGCUUGUGUAAAUAUUUUUUUCUGUUCCAGCUCUAGCAUUUUUAUAAUUUUUUUUUUCAACUGAAAUUCUUAAAACAAGGUCAUAGAUCAAAAUACUUUGCAAUUUUUUUGUUUUGACCAUUUAAAUUUUACAUCCAUGUUACUGGGUUGCCAUGGCAAUCACCCAAAUUUAAGUAUUAGUAAUAUGACGAUUCAAGGUUAUUCCUUCCUUCAUUUAUAUUGAAUCAUGUUUUAAAUGUUUGUAAUAUUAUUUUUUAUAUAUUGUUCACAAAUUGUGCAACUUUCUACACUUCUUUAGUGGCUUUAACUGCACGAAACUAACAAUUUUCGGUGUUACUGGUGAAUUUUGCCUUGACAAUCAUAGAUAUUUGUUACUGAAACAAAAAAAUGAUGAUGAAAAUAUAACUGUUUUGACUGUGCACUGUGUAACUUUUCUAGUGGAGGGUCUGCCACCUGCUUGUUUCUAUGGAGAUGUUAGUGUUUUGUCUGGAAUGUCCCGGUAUGUUUUUUUACUGUCCUAAAAACUUUCAUUAUUCCGUGUUUGGGCUCGCCUCUCCACAUAUCUGACAUGUAACUUGGCCCUGUGGUGUCACCCGCCGUCUCCGUAGAGAUAAGUAAGUUUAAUGCCAUACUGUGGAACAUUCUAGACUAUAUCUCCGUGGAGAGAAGCAUGCGACGGACCCUCCUGUGUAACAUUUCUGGUGGAGCGUCUAUCAGAUGUUUUUCUCCAUGGAGAGGUUAUUGCUUUGUCUGGAAUGUUUGACAGUAUGGCAUUAAACCUUUCUAUCUCCGUGGUGAUCUGUGAAAUUUUGAGCUAUAAAACCACCUGUAAUUGUAAAAAUAAAUGUAAAGCAGAGCUGUUUAAUGUCAUACUGUGGAACAUUCCAGGCAGAGAAAUGACACAUUCAUAGAAACAAGCAGAUGACAAGCCCCAAUCUGUGUGUCAUUCUUUUAUUUGUUUUUCAAUAUAAAACCAAAAAUAAGAAAACUGAAAAACAACAAUUUUCUUCAAUAUUUGUCUCCAAAACCAAAAUGAAAAAACAGAUAACGAUUUGUUUUUUUUUCAGUUUUCGAUUUUGUGUUUAAAUGAAUAAUGGAAAAAAACGGAUAACGGCCGUUUCCCUUUUCCAGACUUAAACUGCGAUGCCGGACUGAACCAGGACUGAACCAGGACUGAACCAGGACUGAACCAGGACUGAACCAGGACUGAACCAGGACUGAACCAGGACUGAACCAGGACUGAACCAGGACUGAACCAGGACUGAACCUGGACUAAGCAAGGACUAAACCAUUUUCAGUCUCAGUCUCUCCCGGUCUGGUCGCGGUCUCGGUCCUAGUCCCGGUCUGGUCACAGUCUGGUCCCGGUCUCAGUCCCGGUCUCGUCACAGUCUGGUCCCGGUCUCAGUCCCGGUCCGGUCUCAGCCUCAGCCCUGCUCUCAGUCCCGGUCUGGUUGCGGUCUGGUCACGGUCUGACCCCAGUUUCAGUCCUGGUCCGGUCUGUGUCUCUGUCCCAGUCUCUGUCCUGGUCUGGUCCCAGUCUGGUCCCGGUGUAAGUCCCGGUCUAGUCCCGGACCUGAUUUAGUCCUGGUUCAGUCUGGCAUCGCAGUUUAAGUCACGAAAACGAGGAACAGCCGUUAUCUGUUUUUUUCCAUUAUUCAUUUAAACACAAAAUCAGAAACUAAAAAUUCAAAUCAUUAUAAGUUUUUUCAUUUUGGUUUUGGAGACAGAUAAUGAAGAAAAUCGCUGUUUUUUUCCUUUUCUUUAUUUUUGGUUUUAUUUUGAAAAACAAAUGAACAAAUGACACACGGUUUGACCCCCGAUGCUCCUUUAAAUCUCGUAUGCUGCAUUGUUUGUACUUUGUCUUGAAUGUUGCUGCUGAUAUUGCACUCCUUGCAUUUUGUUACUAUGCAAAUUAUGGCCAAUGGAAGAUUUUUUGCCACAUUUGAGAUUUUAAAUAAAUAAUAAAUAAAUAAAUAAAUAGAAAUAACCA